GGCCCGAAUUGUUAUCUGCACCCCUGUUUAUAGAUAUUACACUAAGCCAGAAGAAAUUUUGAUUUCAUGGGGACGCGCUUAGGUGUUGUCAGUGUAAUAUCGGGAUCAAUAUCGCCCCCUGGUGACCGAGUUUAAAGCUAGUUUCCAUAACAGCGUAUAAACAAGGAUUAUUAUAAGAAAGGCUCGCAGUGAUCAGGAUUAUAUGAGGUCAUAACUUCGUGACCAAUGAAAAUGGGCGAAAGAUCGUCUAUUUUACAGUUCCAAAUACAGAUAUUAAGGAAAGAGAUUGAAGAUUAUAAACAAGAAAUAUGUCAGCAAGAAGACAAGAAGAAAAACCUGAUAAAGCGGCUGGAGCAGCUAAAAGAGGAGCAGUCUGGUCACGUGUGGGAAUUACGUAAACAAAUAAAAGAGAAGGAGAAAAUCCUGGAUCAAAAGGAGCAGUGGAGUAAGGAGCAGGUGGAGCACACUGUCAAGGAAAACAUUAUGCUCAAACACAACCAUGAAGAGGAACUGGAAGAACUGCAUUGUAAGCUUGCAAGGCUGCAGGUGCAGGAGGAGGUGCUGCAGGCAGAGAAGGAGCCAUGGCUACUGUAUAAGAGUGAAGGCAUGUUGGAAAACCAGCAAAAGAUUGAAAAACUGGAAAAGGAUAUUGCUGAUUCACAAAGGAUAUUCCAGGAAAUGUCAGAAUAUUAUCAGAGAUCUCACGCUUUGGCUAUUGAAGAUAUUGACAGAAAGACAGCACAGCAGUCUGAAGAGAUAAAACAGCAGUCUUUGAAGAAAGUAAAAGAAAACGUCGGCAGACGCAAUGAAAUGGAGCUCAAAGAAAAUGACAGGCUAAAACAAGAGGUUGAUGUGUAUUUUAAGAAGAUUUCGGAGUUGGAAUCCAAUGUCUGGAAAUUAGAAAUGGAAAACUUAGAACAUGUAGAUAAGCUUUUAAGCGCCACUCCAGGUGAUCCCCAAAACAGCCUCAGGAAAGCAUUUCAUGCACCAACUGCUUCGAUUGGAUCCCCUGAUAUACCCAGUGUGAGCGAGAGCAUAAUGCAGAUAAUCGGUGAGACAUCACCAGAGUCGGCUGACAGACCUCCGUGUUCUAUUCGGCCCUUAAAGGAGACUGAAGGGUCUCAAGAGGAACGAGACGAGACCCCUGACACCUCACAAGACCACAGUGAAAUACUCAGCAGUAGUGAAUAUGCUUUUAAGGGAGAGAUACACGUGUGGCCAUUGAAGCAGAAGCUGUGCGUGAUAGGUACGGCUGCUCCCCUGCACCACCAGCCGCCACUCACGGAUGCGAGCCUUGGCCCGUUGACGGUCACCACGCAAGCCAUCCAGAGCAAGGUUCAGCAGUUACACACAUCAACACUGCAGUCUGGAAGAUCUGAUGAGUCUUAAAUUAUUAAUAAAAAAUGUUUACAUUGAUGUUUAAAAAAACCUUAAAGUGAAUCUGCCAUAUUAUUAUAAAAUAUCUUUAGCAUUCUUCUCUCAUAGGAUUAAUUAAAGUAGCCAGUUGUUCUCAGAGAUGGUGCCCGGGGCACCCAGUUUUAUGACAUUUUAUAAAAUACACAAAUUUAUCAUAUUUUUCUGUGGUUUAAUUAGAAUUUAUAUGGGAAAAAUUUCACAAGACGUCAAAUAAACCUUUGGUGUCUCCAGAGUACGUAUGUGAAGUUCUAGCUCAAAAGUCGACACGGAUUAUUUAUUAUAGCAUGUUAAAAUUGCCACUUUGUAGAUGUGGGCAAAAGUGUGGCAUUGUUGGGUAUCCUUUUAAAUGCAAAUGAGCUGAUCUGUGAACUAAAUGGCAGUGUUGUGGUUGGAUAGUUCAGAUUAAAAGACAGUAUUAUCCCCUUCUGACAUCACAAGGGGAGCCAAAUUUCAAUAACCUAUUUUUUAACAUGCUUGCAGAGAAUGGUUUACCAAAACUAAGUUACUGGUUUGUUCUUUUUCACAUUUUCUAGGUUGAUAGAAGCAUGGGGACCCAGUUAUAGCACUUAAACAUGGCACUUAAAGUCUGUUUUUAUGAUAUGUUCUCUUUAAGGUGUGUUUUGUUUAAAUCAGGUUUUAAAUUUUAGAAACCCAUACAUUUAAAGUGUUUAAGAACUAAGAAGGGAUGCACCGCAC